AUAUGAGCGCAGGCGGCGGGAUCUCUGUCCCUUUUACCGCCAUCAGAGCGGAAUCUCUUUCUUCCCCGAGACUAACUGCGCAGCGCUGCUUGUCCAGUCCAUCCUCCUGCCGCAGAGCGAAGCAUCACCUAACACUCAGCUAAGAUGGCAGACAUUGACAACAAAGACCAGGCUGAGAUGGACCCUGCAGACAUGGAAGACGUGGAGGACGUAGAAGAGGAGGAGACCGGAGAAGAUGAAAACAGCAAAGCUCGUCAGCUCACUGUGCAGAUGAUGCAGAACCCACAGAUCCUGGCUGCACUGCAGGAGAGGUUGGAUGGUCUGAAUGGCUCUCCAUCAGGAUACAUGGAAAGUUUACCAAAGGUUGUGAAGAGACGUGUGAAUGCUUUGAAGAACCUGCAGGUUAAAUGCGCCCACAUUGAGGCCAAGUUCUAUGAAGAAGUUCAUGAACUUGAGAGAAAGUACGCAGCUCUCUACCAGCCCCUUUUUGACAAAAGAAGUGAGAUAGUGACAGCAGCUUAUGAGCCCACAGAUGAGGAAUGUGAAUGGAAGACUGAUGAGGAGGAAGAGCUGACAGUAAGUAAGCAGGAUGAGAUGAAGGAGAAGGCCAAGUUGGAGGAGGAGAAGAAGGACGAGGAGAAAGAAAACCCCAAAGGCAUUCCUGAGUUCUGGUUAACCGUUUUCAAAAAUGUGGACCUGCUCAGUGACAUGCUGCAGGAGCACGAUGAGCCCGUACUAAAACAUUUACAAGAUAUUAAAGUAAAAUUCUCCGAUCCAGGACAACCGAUGAGCUUCACAUUAGAGUUCCACUUUGAGCCCAAUGAGUUCUUCACAAACACAGUGUUAUCAAAAACCUACAAGAUGAGGUCGGAACCUGACGAGAGCGACCCAUUCUCCUUCGAUGGACCAGAGAUCAUGAGCUGCACGGGAUGCACAAUUGACUGGACAAAGGGAAAGAACGUCACGUUGAAAACUAUCAAAAAGAAACAGAAGCACAAGGGCCGCGGCACAGUUAGGACUGUCACCAAAACCGUCCCCAACGACUCCUUCUUUAACUUCUUCACCCCACCAGAGGUUCCAGAAAACGGAGAGCUGGAUGAGGACUCUGAGGCCAUCCUGGCUGCAGACUUUGAGAUUGGCCACUUCAUCCGUGAGCGUAUCGUACCGCGGGCCGUCCUGUACUUCACUGGUGAGGCCAUAGAGGAUGAUGAUGAUGAUUAUGAUGAAGAGGGUGAAGAAGCGGAUGACGAGGAAGGUGAGGAGGAGGCUGAUGAAGAGAACGACCCUGACUAUGAUCCCAAGGUUUAAAUGGUGACUAUAGACAAAUAACCCUAUCCUGAAGGAUGCAACCCCCCCAGCUGAGUGCAGGCAACAGUAAGUCCUUGUCUGGCUGCCAUGAGGAUCAACUGCACUGUACUGGCUUCUCAAAUUAAAAAAGAAUUUAAAAAAAAACAAAUUAAAAAAUAGUUACUUUUCGCCUUAUAAUGUUUUGUAUUUUUCUUGGUAGGGAAUUUGAAGACAAAGUUUCCAGAUUUUUGUUACAAAACCAGUGGUAAUAUACUGCGAGCUGUUUGGCUCUAUAUACAUAUUUUACUAGACCUGUUUUCUCCUCUUCCUCCUCUGUACAAUAGUUAGACUGCAGGAAAAUAGCUCCCUCAAACAGCAUGAACUUAUUUCUUCACUGCUAAACUAGUUUGGGUUCUCGUGAAGUUUUUGGAUGUGUUUGCUCUUAGACAACAGCUGUGGUUUAGACUGCAACAUUGUGGCAUCAAUUCACACAACCCUCCCCCUCCUAUUGUCCGUUCCUCCUACCAAAGGUCCAGGUUGGUUGGUUCUGGUUCUCCCAGGUGAUUGAUUUUUGUUAUUAUUGGCGCCUUGAGCAUUUGAACUAGCACUGUAGCAUUGCCAACCUCAGAUGUAGAACCUGCUGCUGGGUGUUUGCUCCCGUAUAUCCGAUUCUUUAUGGGCGCUAGAGUUGGCGUCUCUGUCCGCCUACUGGAGCGGCUCAUCCUCCAUGCUUUCCACUCGAUACAUUCCAGUAAGCAGACUGGCGCUUUGGUGAACCUCUUAGUCUGCUACUGUUCACCUGGACAACUUGUGUUGACCUCCUUGCUCCCAGGGCUCGGCACAGCCCAGUUGAGGCCCUUGAACAUUCCAGAGAUUUCUGUUGAACAAGGACGUGGCUCGGUUCUGCAGGAUGACCGGUUCCGUUGGGGGAGGGGCAACCAGUCCCAGUAACCUGCGCUUAAGGCUUUUCUUAGGCUCGCUGUGGCGUGGCUGUCGUCUUUUUUUUAUUGCACUUUGUACUAGUGUGUAUCGUGCCAGUGGUGUCCUGUCAUCAGUUAGCUGAGUAUUCCUUGUAAGCAGCACUUUGUCACUCUCUGUCUAAAGGGCCUGAGGGAUGAUGGUGUAAUGGCACUCUGGAGAGUUGAACUUGUAACUCUGGUUUUUAAGUGCAUUACAUUUCCUACAGAAAGAGGCACACUUCAGAAGCUUUAUCAAAACGUUGGGCGGAUGUAGCACAGGGACAAGCAUAAAGUGUCGGACUCACCUACCCCACUAUAUACUAUCCCUACUUAUCACUCUGACCUCUUGUGUCACCACCUUGUCCAGACUAAAGACCAGUGGUUGAAAUCCUUUGUACAUUUAUUUAAUUCACUGUGAAAGGGGGAAAUUGUAUGGCCAUCUUUGGACCGUUGACCCUCCUCCAUUCCCACUUCCACCCUUCUUCCUUAUUUUUCUACCAAGAAUGUUACAGAAAAGUACGUCAGAGCAAUACUUAAAGCCAGGAAGCGACUGCCAAGAGGAAUCCUAGCCUGCCACUCUCCUGGUUCCUUCACAUGGUGUUGGUUGUGUUGGACCUUCACGUGUCCACUGUGGAGAGCUAUGGUACCUCUCAUGCUGCAGGGAGCAUUCACAUCAUGUUCAUUGGGAGAAAACUCGACUAGGCCUCUGAAUGGUCACUUCUGAGCAGCUGUUGUCAAGGCAAAAUGCUAUGCUACAAAAAUACUAAUGUACUCCAUACCUGUACGUGUAUGUUCCUGAAUAAAUUGGUUAAACAUG